GGGUGGCUAUGAGAGGAAAUUCUCAGAUUCUUCACCACUACAGAUCGGGGCACAUAUUGACGAUUGCAUCGACUAAGCAGCUCCGGAACCAUGCUCUUCACCGAUCCAGUCGUGGUGUUCGGGGCAUUCCUGACCAUCUGCGUGCUUGGUCUCUUGCGGCUCUAUUCUCUAUGGCUGGGAAACCCUCUCAAAAAUAUCCCAGGGCCAUGGCACACCCGCAUCACGCACUACGCGCUUAAAUGGCAAACCAUGAUCGGUCGGCGAAUGUACUACGUUCACUCUCUUCACGAAAAGUACGGCACCGUCGUACGAAUCUCGCCUUAUCAGGUCGCAAUCUCCGAUCCCGACGGCUUCGUCGCGAUCCACCGCAUCGGAUCCGGCUUCCUUAAGUCACCAUGGUACGAAGAGUUCGUUGGAGAUUCAGGCAUCGGGGUUGGUGUUUUUGCCACGGUGGACCCGGUAAAACACGCAGCCAUGCGGAAACUGUUCUCUCGAGCCUUCUCUGCUACCAGCCUCCGUCAGAACUGUGAGGUUGUGGUGAGGGAGAAGGUGGCAAAAGCCGUUCAGCGGAUCAAGGGCGAGGCCCUCCAUGGAUCGGUUGAUGUUCUUCAUUGGUUAAUUCUCAUGACUUCGGAUGUGGUUGGUCAGCUGUGUUUUGGUGAAUCCUUCGAAUUAUUGGAAUCCGGCAAGAAAAAUGAAUACAUCGAGACGUUCCAAAUGGUCGGGGUAGGAAGUUUCCUAAAGCACGAGCUUCCGUGGCUUUACUCGAUCUCUCAAUACAUCCCGGUCAAGUCAUUUCAACGAAUGCUCAAUGCUGGAAACUCUAUCCAUCAAUACGGUGGCCGAGCUGUCGAAAACUUGAAGAGACAUCGCGAUAACAAGUCGAAUCUCUUUGCCACUGCGUUAGCAGAGUCCGAUGCCGGGGAGAAAUUCCAGCUCUCGGAGAAAUACAUCCAGAUCGAGGCGUCUAAUUUGAUCUUUGCUGGAGCAGAUACAACGGCGUCUACUCUUACCUAUCUUGUCUGGGCUGUCCUUAAGAAGCCGGAUCUCCAAGCCCGCUUGGAAGCAGAGGUUGCUGCAGUUGAUGAGAUCAAUCUUUUCAAUGAUGCGUUUCUCGAGAAGCUUCCUCUUCUCAAUGCCGUCAUCGACGAGACUCUCCGCCUUUACGGCAGUAUUCCAAGUAAUUUGCCACGAGUUGUUCCACCAAAGGGUGCCAAGCUUGGAGGCUAUGAUAUUCCUGGAGGGCUAGAGGUCGAGACUCAAGCUUACACUCUACAUCGGGAUGGCAAUGUGUUUCCGAACCCACUCGAGUUUGACGAGUCGCGCUGGAUUGACCCGACUGUGCUCACACCUUAUCAGAAAAGCAGCUUCUGCCCUUUUGGUGCCGGUGCGCGAAUUUGCAUCGGUCAGCACCUUGCCCGCAUGGAGCUUCGGAUGGGUGCUGCUGUCUUGUUCAACAAGUGCCCUGGCCUGAAGUUGUCCAGCAGUACGACGGACGCGAUGAUGGAGAUGGAAAACUUCUUUGUUGUUGCGCCUAUUGGGCAUCGUUGCGAUGUCACGAUGCAAUAGCCCCGUUUCUUUGGGUCAAGCCUUUCUCUUUUCACACGCGCGGGCCAUGUAGGCGUUGGGGAUUGCAACGGACUCUUACGAUAUUCGGAUAUUGUAAGAUUUUCUCCUAGCUACUCAUGAUAAAC